AUGUCGCUCGCCUCGAGAAUCAAAGCGCACCUCCCCCACUCCAACAAGACCGACGACACCGCCAAUACCGACACCACCGCCGACAACCACACGACCAUGUCGACCGAGCUCAACGAAGGCUCCGCCGCCGAGUCAGACCGUGGAAAGCUCAUUCUCUCGAUAUUCGACAACGCCUUUGGCCAUCUCGUCGCCGGCGAUGCUUUGGCGAUCCAAAACAAGUUUCGCAAGAUGGCCGCCUCCCCCUUCGCCUUCUACCGUGGAUCUGCACCUCUCUUCUACAAGGACCUUGAGCCGGAGGCAAAUGAGGGUCCAUUCCUUGACGAGCGGACCUCGCGUAUCUGGAUCCAUGGCGAUCUACACGCCGAGAACAUGGGGACAUACAUGGACUCUCAGGGCCGCCUCAUCUUCAACGUUAACGACUUCGACGAAGCCUACGUUGGCCCAUUCACGUGGGACCUCUACCGCCUGGUUGCUUCGCUGGGCCUUCUCGGCUAUGGAAAGGCUUUGAGCGAUGACCAGAUCUCCAAGCUCGUCAAGGCUUAUGCCAACGCUUAUCGGGAGCGUAUCCACGUACUGGCUACCGCCGGCGAGGAGAAGGUGCCGCGUUUCGGUCUCGACACCGCCGAAGGCCCGCUUCUAGCUGCAUUGCAGUCUGCUCGCACACAGAGCCGUGCUGAGCUUCUCGAUGGUUCCACAGAAGUGAUUGAUUCCGAGAGGCGCUUCAAGCGAGGCCACGGCGUCAUCGAACUCGAGGAUGAAAUGAAAGAGAAGGUCACCGCAGCCUUCAAGCACUAUCUCAAGCACCUCCCGUUCUCCGAUCACCGAGGCUCUUGCAGGGUGAAGGACGUCAUUGGUAGACGCGGUGUUGGGAUCGGGUCUGCCGGCUUACCAACCUACAACGUCCUGAUCGAAGGUGAGACCGAAGCUCUGGAAUACGACCGCAUCCUCUACCUCAAGCAGUCACAAGCCUCCGCUGUCUCCCGCCAUGUCGAGGUCCCUGAAGCGGAGAAGUACUUCAAGCAUGAAGGCCACCGGACCGUCAUCUCUCAGCGCUCGCUGCAAGACCACGCAGAGUAA